UUCGCCACACGAAUACCUCCGCUGCCGUACACCUGUCAGAUAAGAUUACACACACGGAGCAAGAUCGAUAUACAAAAUAAAUAAAAUAUAUUUUUAGAGAGAGAAACUGUUUUUUUUUUUUUUCUAGAGAGAGAAAGUCGAACAAACAAGAUCUGAUCGAACAAAUUCCCCCGAAGGUACCGAAAAAGCUCUUCGAAACCCUACUUCUCCUUGUAAGCCCUAACUCUCUCUCUCUCUUUCUCUCUCUUUUUGUCUCUCUGUCUCUGAGUACGUAUUUUUGUAUGUGAAUCUGUUUGUAUGUGUUUGUAGGUUUUGUGUGUCAACGUUACGAUUUGUGGGUUCUUUUUUCGAAAUAGCGUAGCUGUAAAUUGAAUUUGGGAAUUUUUUUUUUCAUUUCCGCUGUGUGGAAGAGAGAGGAGUGUGAAAUUAGGGUUUUUUUUUUUUUCUUUCUUGGUGGUUGUUUGGUGGAGAGAAAAACCCUAGGUUUGGAAAUUUGGGGAUAUUUUUGAUUUUGUGUGGGAGAAAAUUAGGGUUUUGGAUGUAUGGCUUCGGGGCCUAUAGUUGGAGAUGGAGAUGGACCUAGAGAGAGGCAGAGGUAUACGGAGAGUAAGGUGUACACUAGAAAAGCCUUCAAAGGCCCCAGGAAAAACAACCCCACCCUCACUACUCUCACCACCCUAAACACCACCACCACCACCACCGCCACCGCAGCUGCCGCCACCACCACCGCUACAACCACCACUACUACACCCAGCAACAAGGAUAAUAAUAACGAGAACAACGUCAAGAUUAAUGAGAACGUCAACAAGGACAGUGAGAAUGACAACGAGAAUAAUGAGAACAUCAACAAGGACAGUAAGAACGUCGACAAGGACAGUGAGAACGUCGACAGGGACAAUGAGAGCAAUAGGGAAAAUGAGAACACCGACAAUAAGAGCAACGAGAAUGACGAGUUGGCUCGGGAACCAUCACCAAAGGCAGUGUUAGCAUCAGAGGAUGGGAAUUCGGCUCAGAAACAACAGCACAUUUUGAGGCUUGAUGUGGGGUCGGAUGACUCGUCGAGCCUCAACCGGCAACAGGAGCAGCCAGCAGUGGCAGUCCCUGUCACUCGGGAUGAACCAGUGGGGAAUGGGGCGGUGAAGAUGGGGGAGAACAGGGUGAAGAUUAAUUUGGGGUCAAGGUCAAAGCAGGAGAUGAGGGACCUUAGAAGGAAGCUGGAGGGUGAGCUGGAUAUGGUGAGGGGCUUGGUGAAGAGGAUUGAAGCGAAGCAGGGGCAGAUUGGUGGGUAUAGUCAUUCUCAUAUGUUGGUGAAUGAUGGGGUUGAUAAUGGUGGCGGUGCAGCCAAGCGGGUUCACUCAGAGGUGGCUUCUGUUGGUGUUGGUAUUGGUAUUGGUGUUCCUCGUGAGGUGCAUAGGCCAUUGCACCAGUUGAAUUUAUCAGUGUUGGAGAAUAGUCAAGGGGUGAGUGAAAAUGUGGAGAAAGAGAAGAGGACACCGAAAGCGAACCAGUUUUAUCGGAAUUCAGAGUUCUUGCUUGCAAAGGAUAAGUUUCCACCAGCAGAGAGUAACAAGAAGUCAAAAUCAAAUGGGAAGAAGCAAGGUGGAGGAGAAUCGGGACAUGGGUUUUGGAUGGGUACCAAGUUUUACAAGAGUUGUAGCUCUUUGCUUGAGAAAUUGAUGAAGCACAAGCAUGGUUGGGUGUUUAAUGCUCCUGUCGAUGUAGAGGGUCUUGGCUUGCAUGAUUAUUUUACCAUUAUCAGGCAUCCGAUGGACUUGGGUACUGUGAAAUCAAGGCUGAACAAGAAUUGGUACAAGUCUCCAAAGGAAUUUGCAGAGGAUGUGAGACUUACGUUUCACAAUGCUAUGACCUAUAACCCGAAAGGACAAGAUGUUCAUCUAAUGGCGGAGCAGCUAUUGAAGACAUUUGAGGACAGGUGGGCUAUAAUAGAGUCGGAUUUUAACCGUGAGAUGAGGUAUACAAUGGAUUAUGCAGUCGUACAUUCUACACCUACGUCAAGAAAGGUUUCUCAUUUUCCACCACCCCCACUUGAUAUGAGAAGGAUUUUGGAUAGGUCAGAGUCAAUAACAAACUCCUUUGAUCCUAAGUCAAAACCAAUGAGUAUUACUCCUUCCGCUAGGACCCCUGCUCCAAAGAAGCCUAAGGCAAAAGAUCCCCAUAAGAGGGAUAUGACUUAUGAUGAGAAGCAAAAACUCAGCACAAACCUUCAGAAUUUACCUUCAGAGAAACUAGAUGCCAUUGUGCAGAUUAUUAAGAAGAGGAAUUCUGCACUUUGCCAAGAAGAUGAUGAAAUUGAAGUUGACAUUGAUAGCGUGGAUGCUGAGACACUUUGGGAGCUUGAUAGGUUUGUAACCAAUUACAAGAAGAGUUUGAGCAAGCACAAGAGGAAAGCUGAGCUUGCAAUUCAAGCCCAAGCAGAAGCUGUGCAGAAUGUUCAGGAAAAGAUUCCAGCUCCAGUUGUGGAAGAGGUGCCAAAAGAAAGCAAAAUAGAUGAAAUGAUUGUUUCCAAUUUGUCACCUGUUCAACCAGAAAAACAGGUGGACAAUGGGAGUAGGUCAAGUAGUUCAAGCAGCUCUAGCAGUGAUUCGGGAUCGUCUUCAAGUGACUCUGAUAGUGAAAGUUCAUCAGCAUCUGGAUCGGACGCAGGGUCACCAAGGAAUUAACCAUGUUCUGUAUCUCAGAAAUUUAGACUAGAUGGUGAUCUGUCAUAUGGUGAUUUGAAACUUUGAAUCUGCAUUCAUUGGAAGCGUUAUCAGGGCCACCAGCCAUCUUGCCAUUGUGGGGUGGGGGUUUGUUUCUUGCUGUUGCUAGAACACGUGCCUCAUUAUCUGCUUGUGACACCUUUGUCAAGUCACAAAUUUGUAUAAUAUUGGUAGGAUGUGAUGAUAAUUAGAAAUAGUUGGUUUGUUGUGCGUAGCAUGUGUACAUUGCUAACUACUGCAUCUCAUUUAGAUUUCAGUUACUUGUUUUCAGUUUAGUGCUGGCAGAUUCAGGAUUCUUUGGUGUUAUACAAAGAAUAUUCUCUAAUUCAAGUUCUUGAAGUCAUAAUUGGUCCAUGA